AUGGGUGUCUCUUUUCGACAAUGCAAUGCCAAAAAUGAUUCGUUUUCACAACAUGUUGAGGUGGAAGGGCAUUGUAACCACAAGGCGAUAGUGAGUGCUUGGAAAGAAGCCUGUGGAAGCGUAGCACCAAGCUCGAUGUUGAUUCCACCAGGGACCUAUAUGGUAUUUCCUCCUGUUGAUCUCAUUGGCCCAUGCAAGGGUCCAAUUCAGAUCAAAGCCACUGGAGCCACCAUGAAGGCCCCACCCGAGCUUAAAAAGUUCACAACCGCAUACUGGAUCUCCAUAAGGAAUGUUAAUAAGUUGACUAUGAUCGGUGGUACGUACAACGGCCAAGGCGAACAAACUUGGAAGCAAAAUUUAUGCCCCGACGGGGGGCCAGGACCUUGCCCACUUCCAGUCAAUCUUCAAUUCAAUAAUAUCACAAAUUCAUUGUUGCAACACAUAACAUCCACCGAUAGCAAAUUCUUUCACAUGUAUAUAACUUCAUGUGACAAUACAAGACUUGAUAAUAUCACCAUUUUAUCACCACCACACAGUGUCAACACAGAUGGAAUUCAAAUCGGGCGUUUAAGUGGAGAUGGCAUAGGUAUUGGGAGUUUAGGAAGACGCGAAAAGGAAGAACCUGUACAAGGAAUCUGGAUCAAGAAUGUCACCAUGAAAAACACAGAAAACGGACUCAGGAUAAAGACUUGGCCUACAUCUUUCCCAGGAAGUGUUAGUGACUUGCAUUAUGAAGAUAUCACCAUGGACAAUGUGUCUUUACCCAUAUUCAUCGAUCAAAAAUUUUGCCCUAUGAAUAACUGCAAGAAUGGAACUCCAUCAAAGGUGCAGAUAUCGAAUGUGAGCUAUAGGAAUAUAAGGGGAACAUCAGCAACUAAGGUGGCAUUGAAGUUUGAUUGCAGCGCGGGUGUACCAUGCAAGGACGUAAAUGUGGCUGAUAUUAAUUUGACAUUCAAAGGACCUAAAGGAGGACCUGCCACCUCUGAGUGUGCUAAUAUUAAACCCAAAGUAGUCGGUAAAGUUGUCCCUUCAGCUUGUCCAGGGUUAAAAGUAAUAUGAUCUACUCCAUCGAUCGGCAAAGCAUAUAUAUGGGCGGGUAAUGGUUGUGGAAUUCUCUGAGGAAAUAAGUAAAUGAAAAUUUUUACACAAUUUCGACGACAUUUCUACAUAGAUGGACAUUGCAUGUGCUGGAGUAUUUUGUAUUGUAUAUUACUAUUCAUUGGUUAUUAAAUGAUUGUUAAGUGGGAUUUGCUAAUUCUUGAAAACUUCAUCCAUAAAAGUUACUUGUAUUUAUAGAGGAUUUUAAUUAAUGUUUCUUGUUUUAAAGUAUAUGCUAGUGUGUAGAAAGAAAAACGUGAAACCGAAAAAAAGUUCCGAAC